AAUAUCUCUUCCGUUCGAUCUUACGGUUUUCAACCUCUCAAAAAAAUGGAUACUUUUGAAUCGAUUCUUCAGGGUCUUUGGAAGGCUCGACCGCCGGGUGUUUCAGGUUCUAAGAUCCAUCUUUUAACGCAGAUUGCGGUGCAGCAUGUUAAGGAUGGCGGGAGAAUGGCUAUGCUUUUGUAUAAACAUUUUAAAAAGACGCCAGGAAGCCAUAAAUUGGGUGUUUUAUAUGUAUUAGAUUCAGUUGCUCGUGCGUACCAAGAUUUAGCGGAAGAAGAUGAAACAGUAGAGGACGGGACGUUUUCUGGAGGGUUGCAGCAGCUAACGGUGUUACUGGAGAGUUUAAUGAAUGAUAUGAUGUUUUAUGCACCGGCAGAACAUAAGAAGAAAGUUCGAAAAUUAGUAGAUAUUUGGGAGAGAGCAGCGACGUUUCCAUCAGAAUUGCUUGUAAAAUUAAGAUCGGUUCAUUUUUCAGAUGAAGAAGAUUUGGAAAAAUCGGUAAAUCAGGAGAAUGAUAAAAAGAAAGUAAAACAUGUAGAUAGAUUUGGAGUUUCUGAAGAGAAAUUACCUGAAAAAUCAAAAGAUUCUGAAUAUUCUGAUUCAGUGAAUCAAUUAACAUCGUCAGCGUCUUCGUCGUCUUUGAUUCUGGAGGCAAUUCUUCAAAUGGCACAAAAAAUACAGGGAACACAGACGAUGCAGAAUGCGGAUACUACAUGGAAUUCAUUGCAACCAGGAGUGAAUGUUGGAGGAGUACCAAUGACGGGUUUUGAGAAUUCCGUGUCUUUUGGAACAUCUUCUAGUACAUUAUCUAGUGGUUCUGGUGGUUUGGCUGCAACUUCUACUAUGCCUAAUGAUUUUAACGCAUCAACCUCUUUUCUUUCUUCUACUUCUAAUGCAUCCGGUACCCCUAUUGCAUCUACUACCGCAUCCUCAUUAUCAUUAUCGGAUCCUCGUAAUAUCUAUCCUUCAGGUUUACCUUUUUCAGUACCUACACAUGGCAAUAUACCAUCUUUACAACCAUCAUCAGAUGUUGUUCAGGCUCAACAAAGAGCAUUACUUCAACUGCUUGAGCAACAGGGUGUUUCUGCGACUCAAAUCCAAUCAAUUAUUCAAUAUGUACAAUCGUUACCCUCGAAUGAUGCUUCUGCGGGAGCUCUACCUCCUAAUAAUGUUCAACCAACACUUCAAACCGUUGAGCAUUCCCAGCAAUUAUCAAAAGAUAUGCAAACAGCAACGCAACAUUCAUCAAUACUUGGUUCCCAUACUACUAUUCCACUUUAUCAAUAUCUAACGGGUGGGAGAAACGUUUCAUCAGGAAUAUCUAAUACAACAUUACCUCGGUCUUCGGGUGAUUCUCAAACUUCAAUCCGUUCAAGGUCGCCUUUGAAACGAAAAAGUUCUAUGGAACAACUUUCAACCUUAAAUCGAUCAAGAGAUUCUGCAAAGUUAAAGUCUUCUCGAAAGCGUAGUGAACGUAGUCUAAGUCCUUCUGAAAAGUGUCAUUCGCAACCAAGUGCAAUACCUUCUGAGUCUUUAUCUUCUCCACCCUCGAAAUUGUAUAUUCGUGACCCAUCAGUUCCUGAAGAUACAAUUAAAGUUUUGAGUAGAACAUUAUUUGUUGGAGGUAUUACACAAAGUAUUACUCAAGAAGAAUUGUUGCGUAUGUUUUCUUGUUAUGGGGAUGUUCAAAGUUGUAUUGUUAAUUACGCUGCUCGACAUGCAUUCAUUAAGAUGUAUAAACGUAAAGAUGCAGAGGCUGCUUGUGCAAACCUGGAAACUAUUAUUCACGGUGACGUAAUUAUUAGAACAAAAUGGGGUGUUGGUUUUGGGCCAAGGGAUUGUAGUAAUUAUACAAUAGGCAUAAGUUUAAUUCCAUUACGGCGUUUAACCGAGGCGGAUCGGCGUUGGUGUGUCUCUGCUGGCUGGGGAGGAACAGGGGGACGACCGUUGGAAGGUGGUUUUGUUAUGGAAGAGCCAGAUAUUGAAAUUGGUGCAGGCGUCAGUUCGAAAUUAAUAAGUCGGCGGCUUCCUUUAGGUAGAUCAGAGCAAAAGAAUGACGGGAACCGUCCGUCGAAUCCUUCAAUACCUUCUCAAGUAGCACAAUCACAAUCACAAUCACAAUCACAAUCGCAACCGCCAUCAACACUGGUUUCUCCGUGGAUAGGUGCUAUUCGGGAAAAUGCUGCAUCCAAGAUUCCAUAAUAAGAUUUUAGGUGUUUUAAAUUUGUAAAUUCUUUGGAUCAUAUGG